AUGGCUUCACACUCACAGUCUUACCAUCAGCAGCAACAACCUCCGCCGUCUUUCCUCCAUCACUUUGCCGACCAGCAACAUCAUAAUCUUCAAAGAGGCCCCAUACCAGCAGGCUUUUAUCCUGACCAUGACCCAAACUCACACCACCACCAGCCGUCAUCGGCCAAAACAGGCGCGAAGGCGUUGCAGAAUAACGGCGAAAGCAACAAAAACACUAUCAGAUUGAGGAAGGCAUGUGAUAAUUGUUCAAUUCGAAAGGUUAAGUGCGACGAGUCUGGCCCUCCUUGCAAAGCCUGCAUCAGUCUAGAAAUACCAUGUACGUUUGAAAGGCCUGCCAAACGACGAGGUCCUCCAAAUCGACUCGCGGCAUCUAUCAAGAAACAGCGACAAGAUUCUGACCCUCCUUCAUCUCCUAAUCAUGCGGCGCAUGCCGCUCAGACCUUGGCCUCAUUCGCACAACAACCAAUUGCGGUCCUUUCAGCAGAAGCAAUCUGCCCCUGGACUGUGUUGCAACCUCUCAUUGACGACUACUUUACCUUUAUACACCCCCUAAUUCCGGUUCCACAUGAGCCCUCCUUCCGACAAGCUCUGCAUGAUCGUCAAGAUGUCAAAAGCUCGACUUUUCUGGCAUUGAUGGCUUCAAUGAUUGGUUGUCUGACAGCAAGCUUUCCACGUCGACCUCGGCAGCAUUUCAGAUAUCAUAGCCUGGAGCACCUCUUCCCAAAUUCUAUGAGCUUGAUAGAGAGGUGCCGAAAUGUGGCAAUAGAAGCACAUGGCCCAGCGACCUACAACCGCUCAUACACCGUACACGAUGCCAUUAUCAGCUACUUGCAGGGAAUUACAUAUGUUUAUACCUUUCAACGGCAACCGGCAUUACUCUACUUCAAAGAAUGCUUGGGAAUUUCUACCUCCUUGGGCUUACACAAAGUGAGUUACGUAAGAGAUCAUGCCAAUGCUGCAUCACAAGCAGUGGGAGUCGCAAACGGGGGCAGCAACGUAAUUGAUACGGAUCUCAUUGUUCAGGAACUUGAAAAAAGGGUAUUUUGGAUCUUGUUUGUGACAAUCAAAACGUUGCAUCAAAUGGGCGUAUCGCCUUUCGAGUUGAGCGUUCCACCUGCCACAAAAUGCGACCCUUACCCUCCGCUUCCCACAGAAAUCGACGAUGCGUAUUUAACGACCACACAUAUCAUUCAACCUUCUGACGAUCACAUGUCAGAACUGGUAGGUUUCAAUAUCAAUACAAGGAUAUUUUCAUCCUUCGAAUCUGUUGCUCGAAUGGAGCUCAAUUAUGGCGUAGACGAGAUGAUUGAUUGGAAACGACAAAGUGAGGACCUGAAACAAAGUCUCGAUAACGUCAAGCGUCUCGUUGAUAGUUUGCCAUCGAUAUUCGCCCUUAAUCGCGGAGACUCACAGUCAAACAAGGUGUCUGAAAACGAUGUCACAGUUACCCAUGGCUCUAUGAGCACGAAUACCCUGGAAGAUCGAUUGAAGAUGCAACACGAGAUACAGAAAGCCAACAUCCAUGCGACCCAGCUCGGUACGCGGUCCUACCUCGUAGAAAAGUACUUCAACCUCAGUGACGCCUAUCAACGAACGACCUCUCACCAGCCGUCGCCGACUUCUCCAAACGGCGUUGCUCCUUCGGAGCAGGAUUUGAACGCAGCACGCGACGCCGACAACGCGAUGUCAAAUGAACACUCCGAGAUUAUAGCAUCUCUACUUCAAAUGCUCUCUAAUAUUAGGCAGAUUUACAUGGAGCCAAACGGCGCAUCGCUCAUCUCAAAGGUGCGAUCAAUUGCAACUACGCUGAUUGAUUGUCCUCGAACGAGCAAGAUCAACCUUCCCCUGGAGACGGGGGAGUAUCUCAGCACCUUUGUUGCUAUUCUUGGAAGGCUUGAGAAGACGGUUGGCGCCACCGAGCAGAGCAAUGAAGAGGAUGAAGAACUUAAGCUCAGGGAAUGGGCAGACUUAAGAGAACAACAGGAUAAAUUCCUGAGGUAUGGUGGAUUCUUCGCCGGGAGCUGA